AUGUCGCUAGGAUUAUAUCUUACCAAGUUAUGGAGCUUAAACUACAGCCACGAAAUGUUCAAGGAACGGUUGAACGGUGUCGGUAACAUGGACAGCAGGAAUGCCAUUAACGACCCUAAUCAAUGUAGACUUUGUAUGCGGGUAUGUGACGACAGUUUUCUAGAAUAUAUCUUUACCGAUAAGGAAUAUAGCAUUGCUCACCAAAUAUUUGAAUGCACCUCGAUACGCGUAACCAAACAAGAUAAUCUUACCAAAAUAUGUAAGAACUGUGCCUCGCUUCUAUUCCUGACAACAGAGUUUCGCAACGCAUGCUUCAAAACCAAUCGCUUACUGAUGGAAGACUUCGUUAUUCUAGAGCUGGGUGACUGGGCCGCCGACAGAAAUCAACUCCUCCUUCGGGAGUGUGAAAAUUUCAUAGUAAGGCACAAGCAGCAAGUUGACUAUCUGUACGCCAGCAUUGUAACCAACAGUGAACAAUAUCUGGAAGGAUCGCUAGCAAUUGAAACGGAACUGUUCGGAGAGAAUGGACAGCAAGAGCGGAUGGAUAAGAAAAUUGGAACGGAAAAAGCAACGCUUCAGGACGCAAAGCCCGUCCCAGCUCGAUUAGAACAGUGCGAACCGGAUCCGGAGAUACUGAUGGAGAUUACAAAGUUCCUUGAAGAGCAAACACCCACCCAUCAAGAAAAUCGACACGAUCGUACACAGCACGUGCAAGAUCAUGCAAAACAAGCGAUGGAACUCCAUCGGUGCAGCCUUUGUUGCAUCGUAAGUGAUACUGUUGUUGGGCUAACGAACCAGCAGCAAAAUAUAGUUAGAGUGCUAAAUGUCGAACAUUCCAAGCAUAGUAAGCUUCGAUCGUGUAACGAAUGUUGUCUGCUGCUGGAUGUGAUAGAUAGCUUUCAAAAAAUUAUAUAUAACGCUCAAGAAUUAUCCCUGCACGAGCGGAGUUCUUGCGAAGCAUUGCAAUUUGAAAGUAUGGUGGAGUUGGAAAAAUGUUUAGUGGAAAAACUAAAACAUAAGCAGGAGGUAUUCAUAAGAUGGCAAAACAAAGUGCCUACGUUACAAGCUAGCGGAUUAAUAGUAAAUGAAACUGAACCAAUCGUUCCCAUAAAAAAAUCCUCCAAACGCACGAAGGUCACUUGCCAUAUUUGCGGUAAGCAGUACGACAACUGGAAACUAAAACCGCAUCUCAACGAACAUGCAAAUAUUCGUCCCUAUGCUUGUGAUCAGGAGGGUUGUAGCAGCACUUUUACCGGGUUGGUUUUGCUAAACCGUCAUAAAAAGUUGUGGCACACCGAUUAUUUCUACGCUGUGUGUAGUAUUUGUGGCAAAAAGUGUAAAACUCAGGGCAUUUACAAAACUCACUUAUCGUACCACGAAGAACCGAAACUGCCCUGUACAGUUUGCGGAAAGCUGAUGCGUAACAAACGUGCGAUAUGGAAGCACAUGAAAACGCAUAGUAACGAACGGAAACAUGUAUGCGGUGUGUGCAAUAAGAAGUUCACAAUUGCGUAUACGCUACGAGUGCAUAUGCGAAUUCAUACGAACGACAAACCGUAUCCUUGUGCGAAGUGUGAGAAACGGUUCCAAUAUAAAUGUUUGCUGAAAAACCACUACCAGAGAUACCAUAGCGAAGGCGACUAA